GCCCACUUUAUCACCAUCAUCAUCAUCAUCAUCAUCACCACCCCCCCGCAAUUUUCACUGCAGAAGCCCACCUGUCCCUUCCUUCCUUCCUUCCUUCCUUCCUUCCUUCUUUCUUUCUUGAGCAACCGAGUUACGACCCAAUCGUCAUUGUAACAGCCCCUCAUUCAUCCCUCCUAUCAUACCUGUCUGUCUCACUUGCUACGGUUGGUAAGUUAGCACACUACGGCAGUGGCAGUGGCAACCAACCGGUCGUCCAUCUGGUUGGUUCGGUUCGCUUGUGACUUGUGCCUGCUUACUCACGCAUACCAAAGUUGAGGCACGUAUAAUACGUUACCGGUGUCUAAGCUGGUUGUUUCCACCCCGCUCAUCCACCUCCAUUUUCCUCUUGUGUCCUGUCCACUCCGCUUUUCGAGAGCAUUGGCGGACGUAAGGAUACGAUACGGUUGUUUCCCUCCGUUUUUUCUCCGGGUGGAAGGUUGAGGAGGGGUCUUUUUUUAAAAAAAUCUCCGAGAAAAGAUUGGGGGAAAGAGGGAUCGAAAGGUGGGAGGAACGAUGGUGAAGUUUUACGAGAAUUCCUUUUCUUAUGAGUGGGUCUUUGGUUCUUCUUGGAGUUGUGGUUCGCUGCUGAUUGAUGGAUGAGUAGUUAUCAAUGGCCGGCGGUCACACUUGCUUACUUUUUGCGGUAUCCUAAGUUUGUUCUUCCUCUUGCUUCCCCUCUUUCAUCAAUCUGCUAAUGGAGGUGGUGGUGCAGUCCCUACUCAAAGCACGUGGUCUCAAGCGACACACUAUCCUCCCACCUCGACUCUCGAACUGGCAAUCUUCACGUUACCCGUCUACACCUCAAGCGCGGAAAACUCCCCGCAUCGGUGGCCCGGUUCCUCCCCAAGAUCAAGGAAUCCUACAUCCUCGAGAAGUCAAUAGUGGAUGUCAAGAACCAGCGAUUGGAAACGGAGACCAGGAAUCUGGAUUGGGAGGGUGUGUUAAGCGUUGUCGAGAGUCAGGUGUAUACCCCUGGCAGUGACUCCACUACCUCGGAACCGGAAGCAGCGACUGGGGCUGGCAAGACGGAUGUGAGGACGAUAGUCCGUUUCGAAAGUAGACUUGGUGGGGCCGCACGGAACACGCAGAGUGAUGGGUUGGCGGGGGAGGAAGUGAGGGGUGGUUGGUUCUCGAAUUGGACAACGGGUUCGGUGCAGAGGUCUGUUGAGCUUGUGGGCAUGCGGAGAAUGAGGGAGGGGUUUGGGAGGAGGAGGGAGGGGAUGAAGGUCGUGCUUGAGCAACUACGUGAAACCGGGUUUGUCGGGGUUAUAAGGGAACAGCGACAGGGGGGUUGGGAACGUUGGAAGCAGGUGUGGCGAGGGGAGGGUGUUGAAAGGAUGGAUGAUUGAUUUUGGGUUUUGGAUUGAUUUAUCAUCAUCGUUGUUCCUGGGAAGGUUGUGGGGGGCUUGCGGGGCUUUGUGAAAUCGUUCCUGGAUUUGCUACUGCGUCUCCCCCCUUUUACGCAAUGGAGGUAGAUUCAUGGGUUCUUUGCAUGCUUACUUUAUUUUUUGUUCUCUCCUCUCUGCUUCUAACGCCUAAGUAGCGAUUCGUUUCGGUGAAGCCUUAUGCAUGAGGGGGUCGAACUUUGUACUAUCUUCUUCUAUUGUGUAUUCUUCGGCAUGUACUAUAUGGGUGGGUGGAUGGGUGGGGCUCUUCGUGGGGUUUAGCGUUACUGGGAAAAACGAAACCAAAUGGUCUCUCCGCUCUUCAAUUGCUUGGAUUUUUCCCAUACAUUACUCUCUCUGGUCGAUGCAGUGAUGAAUGAACGAGGAGCGAGGGUUUCGGGUGGGGCUGGCUGGCUGAGUGGGUUGGCCGGGAUUCUGAUGUGGAUGGGCGAAUUUACUUGCCUCUUAUUUGCUGGACAUUGGAUAUGCCAACGAUCGUACUUGGUUGGUACACUUGGGAUUUCCGAUAAGUAUCGUGCAUGUAAGACGCCCGGAUAGCGAACUGGUCUAGGAAAUGAUUGGAGGUCUUUGAAUGGUCCUUGUACUCGAGUAAGGCAAUUUAUUCGGUGUGUUACUUCGAUCGCCCCGUUCGUUCUGUUUCUGUCAAUCA